GCGGCGCGUGAGGCGCGAGGCGCAGAGGCCGGCCGGCCGGAGGAGCCGCGCGCGCGGGGAGGGCCUCGGGCCGUCUCCCUCAUGGACAGCCCGGAGGAGGAGGAGGAGGCCGACCGCUGCCGCCCGGCCGAGCCCUCCCUCCGGCGGCCGCCCGCCCGCUUCCACAAGCGCUCGUCGGCCGCGGCGCGGGGCCAGCAGGAGGAGGCGGCGGAGGCGGGGGCCGAGGCGGGGCGGCGGCGGCGGCAGCAGCAGGAGGGGGGGGGUCCGGGCGCCCCUCGGCCCGUGGCCCUGCUGCCGCUCUCGUCGUCGUCGUCCUCGUCGUCGUCCGGCUCUGAGGAGGCGCCGCCGCCGCCGCCGCCGCCGCGCCGCCACCACCCGCCGCACCACCACCGCGCCCACCACAAGGCCUCGCCGCUCCCCAGGCGCCGCAGCCGCCGCCGCCCCCCCAACCGCCUCCCGGGCCCCGUGGCCAACGCCGCCGCCGGAGCAGGAGGGGGGGCGCCGCCGCCGCUCUUCCCGCCGGACGACGAGGACGACGAGGAGGAGGAGGACGAGGAGGGCGGCCUGGAGGAAGGCGGCGGCGGCGGCGGCGAGGACGAGGCGGGCGGCGAGGCGGGCAGCAGCGACAACGGCGGCGGCCCGUCGUCGUCGCCUCCGCCGCCCCCGGGCUCGGAGCCCCGCAAGCGGGUGCGCGGCGGCCUGACGGGCUCGCCGUCGUCGCCGGCCUGCUUCGAGGUGGUGCGGGAGCUGGGCCCGGAGGAGGUGCGCUGGUUCUACCGCGAGGACCGCAAGAGCUGGAAGCCCUUCAUCGGCUACGACUCGCUCCGCAUCGAGCGCGCCUUCCGCGCCCUCCCGCGCCCGCCGCCCUCCCCCCCGCCGGACCCGGACCCCGACGACGACGACGCCUGCCCCCCGCCCGCCACCGGCGGCGGCGGCCCCCCCGAGCCCGUCUGCGUCCGCGGGGGCCUCUACGAGGUGGACGUCGCCAACGUCGAGUGCUACCCCGUCUACUGGAACCAGACCGAAAAGAUUCCUGUAAUGCGUGGCCAGUGGUUUAUUGAUGGCACCUGGCAGCCCUUAGAAGAAGACGAAAGCAACCUCAUAGAACAGGAACAUCUCAGCUGUUUCAAGGGGCAGCGGAUGCAGGAGAACUUUGAUAUGGAAAUAUCAAAACCCCUGGAUGGAAAAGAAGGUGGGGCGCGGCAGCUUCCUCCCGAUCCCUAACUUCCCUCUUGUGAGAUGCCACAGCAUUCACUCACCUUGUGAUGUCUCUUCCCACACUGAACAGCACUGGCAUCUUCCUGGGAGGGUCAGGUAAGUCGGCCACACCC